AUGUCCGAAGAUGGGGACGAAACUGCGGAGGCAAAUAUGUUCAUCCGCUGGGUGCAUGGCGUUCGACGCCUCUGUAGCAUGCACGCGCUACGCGAAAGUCCUAGUGUGGCAGACUUUUGUUUAGAGCGAAAGCUUCACUAUGACUACGCGAAUUUAAAGGCCAGAGGCCGUCUGCGGGGAGUAUUACGCUCCCACUAUGCUUCGGCUGCCUCUGCAGCCGCUAGUUCACGUCAAUCUUUUGACAAGAACUCGCCCGCUCUCACUACAACGAGUGAGAAGCGUGACGCUCGUCAAGACGAGCUCGACCGUGGCGCUCAAAACGUCAACGGCGUAUAG